AUGAACAAACACACCCUGUCCACGCUGCCGUUGGCGAAAGGGAAGGCCAUUCACGACCGGGUGGCGAAGCUGGGGCUGUACAAGGAAUGCCUGGCGCUGGGCUUUCUGGUCCGAGACGACCUCGUGCGGGCCCACACGCUGGGGGAGAUUCGCGCCCAGUGGCUCGCCCACCGCGGGGAUGGGGACUACACCCUGCAAAUCCAACUCGCGAGCUGCCUCGACCGCAUCGCCUACGGGCGGCUUUGCCAGACGAAGGCCCGGCAGCGCCGCCUCCCCAACGCGAGCGGGGCCUACGACUGGGGGGUGGUGAACCCUAUGGAACACCACCACCGGCGCCUAACCCGCCGCGACGAGAACCCAAGCCCGGACGCCUCGAAUCACGGCCGGGGAAAGCGCGAUUUCGUCCCCAUGACGAACUGGGGCAUGGGCAAUAUGGACCCGGACGCGGUCAGCAAACACAAGGAGCUGACGGAUCGCCAGCACUUUAUGGGGCCGCACUGGCGGAAUCGGCCAAAGCCGAUGGUGCUCGAGGAGCUCAGCUUCGAGGAGCAGGUCCACGUGCAAUUCCAAAAAAAGCCAAAAAUGCGAAAAACACCAAAGAAACACUACUAG